GCCGGACGCCGGGCGCCGGGAGGGGUCGGGGGAGGGACGUCGUGCUCGGAGCGCGCGCGCACUCACACACUCACACGAGCAUCCCGGAGGGUAUUUAAGGAUCGCGCACGCGGGGCUGCGGAGAUCCUUCGGGCAGCCGCGACUUCGGCCUCGCGACUAGCAUUUGCUCCUUGGGUUUAUUUCGUUUUUCCUCUGUCUUCUCCCGCUUAGCCGCCCCUUUCGCGCUGCGCUGUAGCGUGCUCUCACAAACCUUUUUGCCUUGCAUUGGAUGCAGGUGGGAAACAGGUCGGCGUGCCGAAAGACGCCGAGUAGGUAGAAAUAAGGCAAACUCGCAGAGGCGCAACAGGUCCGGUCCUCCGUGGCUAGGGCGAGCCGCGGCCCCGCGCCGCGCCUCGGCCGCUGUCCCUCGGACCCUGAGCGGCCGCUCUCGGGGACGGCGGAAGAGGUGUCGCUCCUCUGGGAGUCAGAAGAGCCGCCUGGGUGGGUUUCGUCUUGCUGUUUACCCUACCGCCACCCAGUCCCUGGACUGAGGGCGCUUUUCACCUCCAGCUGGGAGGAGAGAAGAAAGCGGGGAUGGUGCAAGCCUGCGGGUCUGGACGCUGAGCAAGGCAGGGGUCCAUCUCCGCUCGCGGGCUCGACUCCACUAACUAGUUCUGCAGCCACAGGGACUGAACUUUGGAGGACUCGACCUUUAGCUUUCCGUUUAGAAUUAUUUGAGGUGUAGAGGGUGGGAGGCGAAGCCGAGACGGCCGACCCCGCCACGAUGCUGGUGAAGAAGCACGCAGGGAAAGGAGGGGGCCGGGAUCCGGGAUCCGAGGACCCGAGCCCUGCAGGGCUGCGAUGUGCCCGGACCAUGCCCCCGUGCGCCGUCCUGGCGGCCCUCCUGUCAGUGGUGGCCGUGGUGUCUUGUCUGUACCUUGGUGUGAAAACCAACGACCUCCAGGCGAGGAUCGCCGUUCUCGAAUCCGCCAAAGGGGCCCCUUCCAUUCAUCUGCUGCCUGAUACCCUGGAUCAGCUCAAGGCUAUGGUGCAAGAGAAAGUGGAGCGACUUCUGGCUCAGAAAUCCUAUGAACAUAUGGCUAAAAUAAGAAUCGCAAGAGAAGCACCUUCAGAAUGUAACUGCCCAGCAGGCCCUCCGGGGAAACGAGGUAAGAGAGGCCGAAGAGGAGAAUCUGGUCCUCCUGGCCCUCCUGGUCCUAAAGGUGACAAGGGAGAACAAGGUGAUCAGGGACCUCGGAUGGUGUUUCCUAAAAUCAAUCAUGGGUUUCUCUCUGCUGAUCAGCAGCUCAUUAAACGCCGCCUGAUUAAGGGUGACCAAGGACAGGCAGGGCCUCCAGGACCCCCAGGCCCUCCAGGCCCAAGAGGACCACCUGGGGACACAGGGAAAGAUGGCCCCCGUGGAAUGCCAGGAGUACCCGGUGAACCAGGAAAACCAGGAGAACAAGGCUUGAUGGGUCCUCUAGGGCCUCCAGGACAAAAGGGUUCUAUUGGAGCACCUGGAAUUCCAGGGAUGAAUGGGCAAAAGGGUGAGCCCGGGUUGCCUGGAGCAGUAGGACAGGGUGGAAUACCAGGACCAAAGGGAGAACCUGGAGAACAAGGUGAAAAGGGAGACGCUGGAGAGAAUGGCCCCAAAGGUGACACAGGCGAAAAGGGUGACCCUGGAUCAUCUGCUGCAGGAAUUAAGGGAGAACCUGGAGAAUCUGGUCGUCCAGGGCAAAAGGGUGAACCAGGGCUUCCUGGGCUUCCUGGACUUCCGGGGAUAAAGGGAGAACCAGGUUUCAUUGGUCCUCAAGGAGAACCAGGCUUACCAGGUUUACCGGGAACAAAAGGUGAACGGGGAGAAGCAGGGCCUCCUGGAAGAGGUGAGCGAGGGGAACCUGGAGUCCCCGGACCAAAGGGGAAACAAGGUGAAUCAGGAACUAGAGGCCCAAAGGGGUCAAAGGGGGAUCGUGGAGACAAAGGGGACACUGGAGCUCAGGGACCAAGGGGUCCACCUGGUCAAAAAGGAGAUCAAGGAGCCACUGAGAUCAUAGACUACAACGGCAACCUCCAUGAAGCCUUACAGAGGAUUACCACCUUAACUGUCACGGGUCCCCCUGGACCUCCUGGACCUCAAGGACUACAAGGGCCAAAGGGAGAGCAAGGAUCUCCAGGAAUCCCAGGAAUGGAUGGAGAGCAGGGACUCAAAGGCUCAAAGGGAGACAUGGGGGACCCAGGUAUGCCAGGUGAAAAAGGAGGAAUUGGACUUCCUGGAUUACCGGGAGCCAAUGGAAUGAAAGGAGAAAAAGGAGAUUCUGGAAUGCCGGGUCCACAGGGUCCUUCUAUCAUAGGCCCACCAGGCCCACCAGGUCCCCAUGGCCCACCUGGCCCCAUGGGACCUCAUGGACUUCCUGGACCAAAGGGUGAACCAGGGUUAAAUGGUGUUAAAGGAUUGAAGGGUGAACCAGGUCAAAAGGGUGACAGAGGACCCCUUGGUCUUCCAGGAGCAUCUGGCUUAGACGGAAAGCCAGGAUCCCGGGGUACAGAUGGUCCUAUGGGACCCCAUGGCCCUGCAGGUCCCAAAGGAGAAAGAGGCGAAAAAGGAGCUAUGGGAGAACCUGGACCGAGAGGGCCCUAUGGGUUGCCUGGGAAAGAUGGAGAGCCUGGUCUUGAUGGCUUCCCUGGUCCACGGGGUGAGAAGGGUGACCUAGGAGAAAAGGGAGAAAAGGGGGAAAAGGGAAAGAAAGGCAAAAAGGGGCCUAAAGGGGAGAAAGGAGAACAGGGUGCUCCUGGAUUAGAUGCACCCUGCCCAUUGGGGCCAGAUGGCUUACCCAUGCCUGGCUGUUGGCAAAAGUGAUGAAUCUAACCUUCCAAGCAUGAAGUUGUGUAUAUAAUGGUCCACUUUUAAUAUUUAUAGUUGAAAACUGAAUUGCAGAUUUUACGAGUCUGAUACAUGUUUACAUAGGGCUGCUUCUUCCUGUUGGCAGUGGUGUACAUGUCCAUUUUUACUCCACUUACAUCUGAAAUUGGACAAUUUGUGAAACCAGUGAAAAGCCUGCAAAAAAAUAUAGAUCAAUAUCUCGUUAUCUCAUGUGAAGAUAUGUGUUUAUAUGGACAAAUCAGUGGUAGAGAAUGAUUGUACUAGCUAUUUUCCUUCUUUGGGCUUGCUAAUUGCAUGGACAAAAAGUGCCAUGAAAUAGUUUACAUGAAAUGGUGACCAAAUAUGGACUCAAAGCUAUGAAAAUGUACUAUACUGACUGAUCGUCACAUUCCCAUCACCAUUCAUGUUGGCGUGGACUCCUACCUACACCACCUAUCGAAACUGACUAAAACAGCAUGACUGUGUGCCAAACCUGCUUGCUGUGCAACCUCAGAUGCUAGCAUGCUAAUCACAAGUCCUUCAAUCACGUCUGAGCUUUUAUUCCUUUUGUCAUCUCAAGGGGGUUACACCGUGGCUUAUUGCCAAAAAGAGAUGAGGUGGUGGAGAGCACACACACAAUUUGUCUUGUAUUUUGAGGGAGUUGCAGUCCUGACUGCAGAUCCACAGCUUCCAGUAUUGUGGGCUCACGUGGCCACUUUGGCUGAAAAUACGAAGGGGUUGAGCCUGUUGCUGCUGCCAGUUUUUCUUGGGCUGCCCUUGGCAGUGAAGACACGGGAAGAGGACCGAUUCAGCCUCCAGCACUGUCUCUCGUGUGACCAAGUAGGAAAGAGGUUUACAAACGCAAAUGUGCAGAAUCUCAGACUUUAAAAAUAUAAAAAUAACUCAAUUUCAGCAAGUGUUAAUAUGGGUGCUUUUGAAAAAUGACAGAGGCACAGCACUUCUUUUGGAAUAGGAGAUUCUUGGAAUGGCAGCCCCUAUCCCUUAGGAAAAGGGGAUGUGCAUCCCACCCAAACUUGGGUUGCUGAAGAAAUAACAUGUUCUGAGAAGGGAUCAACCAAAAUCGCCUCUCCUGAAGAUGUAGGAGAGCUUACUGGGACAAUCUGUGCCGAAGUUGUGAGAGCUUUCCUUCCUCCUAAGAUCCAACCCAUAUCAAACAUUUCCUGCAGAGUUCUACAAACAGAAAGGUAUUUUUCAUUCUUUUUAAUGCUUUUUCCUUUUUCUUUUAGUCCCAUGAAUAUUGAGAAAAUAUUCAUUUCAGUUUUUGUCACAUCUGUUUUGAACAAUUUUUUUUUAAAGAAGUCUUCAAAUCGUAAAAAUUUGGCUCCAAUAGUCAAAAUGACCUUUUACUGACUUCUCUCUUGUUUUGGAUAAUUGGAUAUAAAAGAAGCUCCGCUUUCAGGUUAAUCAUUGUAAAGCAUGAAGGCUAAGCAUUUUUUAGUAUGUUUUGACUUUUUUUUACCUGAUGAAUGUAAUGUACGUGAAGAUUAUCAGUUAAUAUAAAGCCAAGAUUUUGUCACAUUUGAUAAUUUCUAUUUUUAUGAUUUUAAGUUUUGUCUAUAUUUAGCUUUCUCCUUUUAACAUUUCUAAAUGUUUGUCUUAUCCUCAUAUCCACAGACCAAAUCUGAGAUCUCAGAAAGCUGUGAAAUAUAGUUGCCAUAAAGAGUAUUUUUCAUCUACUUGCUCAAAUGUUACCUAACCGUAUUAGAGCAUUUCUUUGCACAGUAAAGAGUUGGCAGCAUGUUUCAAAAUGGCUUAUUCUAAGUGGAAGUGUUACAUUAAAAGAAACAUUAUCAAUGAGGAGCUAGGCACCCUUUCAGCCCGUUAGAAAAUUUAAUUUCUCUCCUGACUCGAUGUCAUCUUAUGGAAAGAUUUUCAGUUUCAUGCAUAGGUUUCACCACCAGAAGGGAAAUUAACUCAUCAUUGGCUUAUAGUUAAGAUAUAACCGUAAGACAAGGAACCUAAAAUCCUCAUGAUCUCAUGUAUGCUAUGUAACCAAAUGACAAUCAUACAAAAUGGCAUCUUCUUUUUCUAUUAAAUUUUUAAGGUUGAAAGAUGUUUAAACUAUUAGAUCAGUCUAAUUGGUAACAUUUCUGGUAACAUUCCACACCCCUAAGCCAGUUUAACAUUUUGAAAAUAAUGGAGGGCAUUUUCUAACAGUUUCUUGUAUGGCACGGUGCUAGGAUAAGGUAUUUAUUGCUCAGUGUCUGACACAAUUUGUCUUAAAUGGUUUGGAAAAGUGAACUGAAGUGGGUAGAACUACAUUUUCUUCAGGAAAACAAACUACAGUGUCCAGUGGCUAUAUAUUUUCUCUACUUUUUCUGCUCCUCUAGUAGAAAGAGAUAUUGAGAUGGAUCACUAUCUAAAACUUGCACAGCUGCAGGAGAUGAUACCUCAACAUCAAAAGAAAAACACUUUAUGUAUAAAAAAUAGUUUUGGAAAUACAGGCCUUCAAAGAAUACUUUUCUGUUAUGUGUGUAUAUUGAGUUUUUGUGCUAUAACUGAUUUGACAACAUGGACUUAUUUCACGAUUAGAUGAGGUUAUAAACUUCCAUUACAUUUAUUUCCUUGGGAAAAACAGAUGACAAAACUCAUCUUUGUUCAGUGGAAUUGCUAGGUCUUAACCGCAGUGGAUAAUCUUAAAUUUUUGGUUACUACAAUGUUCUCAGUCAUCCAUUUUGUCAUCAAUAUAGAGAAUUCUUAAUUUCUAAGUGAAUGAAAGAAUUGUUUGUUGAUAUUUGUCGGUAGGUAACAUACUUUCCUUAAAGAUUUCUUUCUUUUACAUUAUUGGAUAGAGGGUUGAGAAAAUAUACAUGAAAGACACAUUGGAAGUAAAGCAAGAUCAGUUUCUAUUUCUGAUAAAGGAUAGCAAAUUGAUAUGUGCUUUAGAUUUAAAAUUGUUUUUCAUUUAUGUUGGUUGGUGCUAAUGUAUUUCUUUUCCUUUUUCUCUAUGGACAAUGCAACUACUAUGGAUAAUUUUAUUUCCCUGUUGAAUAGCAUUCCUAAAUCAUUAGUGUGUGAUUUUAAAGUUCAUGAAUUUGCUAUAAUUAUGGUCCAAUGACCAGGUUUUCUUAAUGUAAAACAAAACAGUGUACCUAUAGAUGAUGUGUGUUUACUCAGAUCAUAGAUCCUCGUAUUUUAUAUUCAUUUCAUACAUCAAAUGCUUUAUCUACUUUCAUGUGUCUCAUCUUUUUCAUUCACUCAUCUUUUGGCUGAUAUUUGAUGAAACAUGAGAAAACCAGCAUUAGAAAAGUCUGCACACACACCAUAUAGAGUACCCAGUGCACAAAUACACCUAAUUUUUUAAAUUUAAAUUUCAUUUUUCAUUAACAAAAGCAGUCUUGGAGGAUUUUCUCAUGUGAUUUUAUAGAGAACAUCUUUAAUUCCUACCAGAAGAAGAGUCUUGUUUCUGAACAGUUUGUGCAUAUGAUGUUCUGAUGGAACAGCAAGAACUUACACAUCAAGUAGUUUAUACUACAUGUCCCCUGUCUAUAUCUUUCUACCUACAUUGAUAGACAUACAUUUUAUAUAUAUAUGCUAGUUUAGAGAAUUGUCAAAUCAGUAUGUCAGCACCAAUGGAAAAAUUGUCUUGAUGUGUUAUAUUUUUAUCACUUAGGAAAUGCCCUUAAUUUUCAAGGUUUCUUUUUCUAAUGUUACUAUUGAAGCAUGAAAAGUUAACAUCGUCUGUUAUCCUUUCUUUCCCCACUAUGUAUUGUCUUACCCAGAAUUGGGCUAUACUUGUGUGGUGGUAUUUUAACAUCUUCUAGUAAGAGAUCAUGAGUGACAUACAGAUGCCGAUAUUUGAAAUACUGUUUUUCCCUAUUUCCUAAUAAUCAAAUUAUAUUAAUAUUUCACACUACAAAAAAAAUCAGAUUUUCUAAUUUGUAAAAACAAAGCUCCUGCUAUCUCUUGGAAGUUAAGUUCAUAGAAACACUGUCUUAUCUUUCUAAUAGUAAGAACAAUCAUACAUGAUUCCGGCUAUAAAAAAAUCAUAUAUCCCUAGUGGAAUUAACAAGCCUGACCAAUUAUGAUUAUGCCAAGUUGUUUUAAACUAAAAGGACUGUCAGUUUGUAUUUCUUCCCAUUUUUCUUUGGAUAUCUUUAUAUUGGCAGGAUAUGUUGCCAAAAUAAAAUUGCCACAGCAAAGACACUCCUCUAACUUACAUUUUUAGUGGAGUUUGGUUUUUGCUAACCCCAUACUAAUAAACACUUAAAUAUUUUGAAAUGAAAAAGCCAUUAAAGUGCAUAAAAUAGCCUUUGUUGCUUAUUGACAGAACUGUCCUUUUGGGAAUAAGAAGACUUUUUCGACCUAAACUGUUAUGCAUGAUUUAUUCACAACUUAACAAAGAAAGUACUAACAUUUCUGAAAAUGUAGUUGAUAUUCUCACCUAUCUCAUAAAUAUUAAUGAAUUGGAUUCACAAAAGAAUGUCUUACAUAUUGUUGACAUUUAUGUGAAUAUUCUUUAUACUGUUGUAAAUGUUUCAUUCAACUUAACAUUUUUAAAAGAUGUAUCUGAUUUUUCUUUAGAAAAAAUAUUUUUAUUUGUAUUUUUUACAUUUUAAAGUUCAUCUCUGUGCAGCUAUUUUUAUAUUGCCAAAAACUCACAUAAAUACAAAUAAGUGGAAUAUGCAAAAAAAUAUUUUGGCAAGCAUUACACUGCAUAUUUUUUUAAAUGUUUGUGGGCCAGUCUUAUGUAAUUGAUUAUUCUAAGAAUGUGUUGUGUCUUAUCACUGUAAAUAUGGCACAAACCUGUUUAUCUCAGUAGUGUAAAUAAUUGAAUGAAUUCUCCCUGUUCAAUUUCUUAUUUUAAUUUCAUUGUAAUUUCUCCAGCUGACAUUACUGAAUCAAAAGACACAUAAAGUUUUUGAUCUGUGAUUUGGAGAUAAUUGCAUUGUGUUCAGUUUCCAAUUUGUUUUUAUUUGCUUUUUAACUUGUUUUCAGGGUUCCUAGUUUGUGAGAAGUUGAUCUUCAGAAUUAUUUUUACACUAUUUAUGACUUAUUUUCAUAAUGUAAAAAGUGUGUAAUUAUUACAAUAUUAAUCCAAAUAAUGAUAAUGAAUUGUAUUGUUAUAAAGCUUUAUUGAUGCUCAUGAAAA